CCUCCUCUCGCCGCUUCACUCCAGUCCAGCGGGUGGCGCUAAGAUACAUACGUUUGUUUGCCAAACACCAUUAAACCUCGGAGGAAGAAGUGCAGUAUCACCGUGAUAUCUGUUGUUUUGUUCGGGAUGCUGCCUUAAUACAAACGUCGUGACUAAGUUUUGAAGCAAGCAGGAAUAUCUGGAGGAGUAUCAUCUGAACUGAGAUCUGCUGCUGUGAAGAUGGUGUUUGUUAAAGAGGAGAGUGAGGAGGACACGAGUGAACCAGAAACCUGGAAAAUAAAACACGAGGAACCAGAAACCCAGAGAAUAAAACACGAGGAACAAGGAGGGCUGGACUGGGAUGUUGUUUCAGGCCAGGAAAUCUCACACCCAUCCAGGCAACACAGGAAAAAAUGGGCCAAAACUUUUACCUUUUGUGGUACAACAGUUUGCCACUGGAGCAAUACCCUUAAGAGGACAUGGGCCUGAUGAAAGUGAAAGAAGAACAAGAUCUGAAUGAAGUGGUGGAGAAACAUCAGCAUCAGAAAGAUCCUUCUGUCAAUGGAGAAAAAUCAGUGAGCUGCUCUAAAACUGAAAACAGUUGCUCACAAAGCAACAUUCAAAUAACAGAAGUCAAAAGGCUCUUCACCUGCUCCGAGUGUGGAAACUCAUUCACUCGUAAAACAUACCUUAAGAAUCACAUGAGAAUUCAUAAUAGAAUAAAGCCUUUCAGCUGCUCUCAGUGUGGAAAAAGUUUUACGCAAAAAGGACACCUUAAGGAUCAUUUGGUAACUCACUCUUCAGAAAAGCCUUUCAGCUGCUCUGAGUGUGGAAAGUCUUUCACACGUAAAGGAUACCUUAAGACUCACAUGUUAAUUCAUGCUGGAAUAAAGCCUUUUACCUGCUCUCAGUGUGAAAAGAGUUUCAAACAGAAAAGAAGCCUUGACAAACACAUAAUGAUUAUUCAUACUGGAAAAAGGCCUUUCACCUGCUCUGAUUGUGGAAAUACUUUCACACGCAAAGAAAACCUUAAGAAUCACAUGCUAAUUCAUAUGGGGAAAAAGCCUUUCACCUGCCCUCAGUGUGGAAACACUUUCCGCCAAAGAGGAAACCUUUGGAAUCACAUGAAAAUUCAUACUGGAAUAAACUCUUUCAGCUGCUCUCAGUGUGGAAAUACUUUUACUUGUAAAGCAAGCCUGAAGAAUCACAUGUUAAUUCAUGCUGGAAUAAAGCCUUUUACCUGCUCUCACUGUGGAAAGAGUUUUACAUAUAAAGGAUGCCUUAGGGAUCAUUUGGUAACUCACACUUCAGAAAAGCCUUUCACCUGCUCCCAGUGUGGAAAGUCUUUGUCACGUAGAGGAAGCCUGAAGAAUCACAUGUUAAUUCAUACUGGAAUAAAGCCUUUUGUCUGUUCUCAGUGUGGAAAGAGUUUUACACAGAAAAAACAACUCAAUGAGCAUGUUCAUAUUCACAGCUCAGAAAAGAAUUUCACUUGCUUUCAGUGUGGAAAGACUUUGUCACGUAAAGAAACCCUUAAGAAUCACAUGUUAAUUCAUGCUGGAAUAAAGCCUUUUACCUGCUCCCAAUGUGGAAAGAGUUUCACACAAAAAAAACAACUUAAUGUUCAUGUGCGUAUUCACACUUCAGAAAAGUCUUUCACCUGUCCUUAGUGUGGAAAUGCUUUCACAUGUAAAGGAAGCUUUGUAAGUCACAUGUUAAUUCAUACUGGGAACAAAAAGCCUUUUACUUGCUCUCAGUAUGGAAAGUGUUUCGCCUGUAAACAAGGAUUUAACAGUCACAUGAGAAUUCACACUGAAGCGAUUCCUUACGCAUGUAAUCUGUGUGAAAAGUUUUAAAUGGAAGACAAGUCUCGAAGCUUAUCUGCACUUUGCAGUAAGGUGAUUUAAAAGUGCAGUAUGCGAUUUUUGAGAAAGCUGUUGAAUGUUAGUCAGACUGAGCCCCACAAUGCACUUGUAGUCAAUCAGCAUUAAGGGGCGUGUCACUCGUAAAUAAUUUAUUCACUGUUAUACCUUAAAAUAAUUGUAAUAUCUUUAAUGUACUUGAAGCAUGCAGUGUUAAUUUUGACAGCAAUGUUUAUUUAGUUUUAGUCAUAGCCUUUUGCAUAGAUUUAGCAUAUAGCAUAUAGUCUACUAUAUAUAAGAUUUUAGUUGACUAAAUUUACAGUAAAUUUUGUCAACUAAAAUCUUAAUAGAAUGUUAAAUUGUAAUGCAUUAAAAUUUUCCAAACUUAUUCACUUCUGGAGAAAAAAAAAAUCUAUAAAUUUGAUAUGAAUAUGAAUGAUAUUAAGGUUUGAACAUGCAACACGGACAGAUUUAAAUGCUGUGACAAUGUCUUCAUUUAUCUUGAAAUGAAAAUAAACCAUUUCUCAA